GAGCGCGGGCCGCAUACCACGGUAGCGCGUUGUUCGAAGUUUCAAGCUGACAGUUUUUACGCAUAAAAAUCUUUCGAUUCUAAACAAACGCAUGUCCAUCUACGUUUCGACGAAAAAUUUCUACGAUAUUCGAUUACAUCGUUCCAUCUUAAAGCGCGAUGCGCAGUAAACUCGAGGAGAUCGCGAUCGAGCCGCAUGGCGACAUCGUGUAUAACUAGUGAAAGACACGCAAUCUUUAUCCCGCUGUAUGUUUACGUUCACCUUUGUGGUUAUGGAAACAGUGAUCAGACGUUUCAUAGUGGAUAUUUGCCAUAGGCUCGAUUACUAGUGAAUAUUUCCCAUCGAGUGUUUCAACGAAGAUCAAAAUCAACCAGUCGACCAUUUUUUUCUCGAUCCACGCCGCAUACCCGGUCAAAAUCAUUGCGGUUAUGCGAAUACCAGUCGAUGAAUUUAUCACUGCUCAAGAUCGAUAAGUAGAUAAGAAUUGAUCGGGAAUAUCUACGAAUUGAAAACAAUCAUGGCGUUAGCGAGGAUCAAGAGUUUUAUAGAUACUGGUUUCAAAACCGUGUCCACUCCAUUGGAUCGUACAGUGAAUCUGGAGCCGGAAGUAGGCAUUAAAAUCGUUCAUUCGAUCAACGAGAAGGCUCUGCAUGUGACAGUACUUGGUGCUCGUCACUUGCCGCAGAAUUUCGGCUUUACCCGUGUCAACAGCUACGUAGUUAAGGUGAAGUUAAUACCAGGAAAGGAAAAGUUCGAGACAACGUCGAAAAACGAGUCGUGGCCGCAAUGGAACGAGGAAUUCACGUUUCACUUGCGAAAAGAAAUAAAACAGAAAUUUGGUAAAACGAAAGUGAUCGAAGAGGAGAUAAGCGGUUCCAGAUUUAUCGUCGCGACUUUAUACGCGAUCCUCGAGGAUAAACCAUUAAUAGCGACUGAAAAGAAGGAAUCUGAAAAAGAAAAAACGUCGCCUAUUAAAGAAUCUCCUAAGAAGGGCAACAAGAAAAAAGAUGGCCAAGGUGCUUCCACGGAGAAUCAGGAGCCAACGAGGAACAAAUUACUCAGUCAAUUUUUCGGCAAGGGAACCGAUAAAUCCGUGGAAACAGCAGCUCCAGAAAGAAAAUUGUUUGACAAGAGGCGAACCGUAGGUGCCACAACGAUUUCCUUGGAUCCGAAAAACUUCACUUUGAAGCCGCCCAAAGCUAAACAUCCAAGCGACGUGUCGACAGGAGAUAUGUGGAGACCAUUGCGACCGAUUGCUAGUGGUAUUUCUGGAGCUGAAGAAAGAAAGGAGAAUAAGAAAGGCCAAGUCGAGUUGUCACUGUGCCAAGAAAAGGCCGAUAAGAAAGAGGAGGGUAGCGAAAAACUGAUACUGUCCCUGCAUCGUUUGAGAUGCUCGUUACAAACGAUGCACGAGCAUGAAGCCUUGAAAGGACAAAUGUAUAUUAAGAUGUCCGUGGUAGAUGACGGUAGAGUGACUCAUUUUUGGAAAAGUGAUCGUUUUGCGCCAUGUGUAUCGAUGAAAUUUUCGCCGGAAAUGGCUAGAGUGAUUGCGGAUAAUCCGUAUCAAGGAGCAUUGAAGGAUGUUAGCUUCGUUGUUAAAUUCGUCUCUAAAAAUAAAUUAGGAAAGAAAACAACUGUUGGUCAUUUUGUGAUCGGACCAGAUGUAGGAGGAACUUACGGCGAACAGUGGAAACAGGCUUUAGCGAAAUCAGGACAACAAGUAACGAAAUGGCAAUCAUUCGAGUGAGAAUGAGAGAAAAUAGAUCAAUAAACUUAUCGAGCAUUCUUGGCUCGACUUUUACUCAUAGUUUUCCUUCGACCAUAAACCUACUUUCAACCUGUGCGAAUAUUAUGAAUAUUUGAGCACAUGGUCGAUAGUGCCGUUCCAAAGAAUACUUAGGCAAACAUCUGUGGAUACGAAAGGUAUAUAUCAUAAGCUAUUUCUCUCGUGAAAUUUAUUUUUGCUUAGUUUUCCAUUAUUUUUAUCUGCUUCUUCUUCUUCUUGUGACAUUUUCUAAUGGAAGACAAGUUGUACAACAAUUAUGCAUUAUCUGUUUUAUUUUAUGAUACGCAUUUAUGUAUACAUAAUGUAUUGAUUCUUUUAUACCGUCCUCGAUUCCAAAGCAGAGAAAUCGCAAAAAUUUCUGCCAAGAAUCAAAAUAAUAGAACCGUCCAAUAAAUUAUAGUAUCUGCCAGUUUUGAAUAGAUAAAACUAGAAUCCUUAGGCUGAAAUAAAAUUCCAGGUUAUUAGAGAGUCCGAGUUAGAAGUUAUCUCUGAAAGAAGAAAGUAAAUUUUUGUGCCAGAUCGCGACCAAGUAAUUUUUAGCUGUUAAGUAAGUUACGAUGUAAUGCAAAUGUACCGAAGCGCUUUUGUUCUAUUUACCACAUUUACCACAAAUUGAUCUUCAAUUUUAUAUUAACAUUUUUAAGAUAGAUCAUUAAAUCAAUGGAAAGUAUUUUUUUCGUCAUGUGUAAAAUAAAGUAUUUUAUAUUAUAAUAAUACUCGAUGUUACUUUUAAUAAUAAUAACAAUAUAUAUUUGCUCAUCUUUUCAAUUAUAAUUUUCUUUGACCAUUAUAUUAUAUCGUAAAUAAUUAAAAAUAUUAAAGUAACGUUUAUUAAGAAUUAUUUAUAUUAUUGUAAUUAAUUGUACAUGUAUUUUGUAACAAAAAUUAAUUAUAUAAUUCAACAAAUAUUGUUAGAGUCGAUAUACAAUCACACCAAAAAAUCUGUAUGUAUAAUAUAAUAAUGUUUCUGUAUAACAGAAAUAUAUUUUAAUAUACCUGUUAUAUAAGGAUGAUUUUUAUUUUUUCAUACAUAAUAUUUUCCAUGUAUCUUUAUUUAUUUCCUUUUAUCAUACACAUGUACAAAAUGUAUAAGGAAUGAUGCAUUAUGCAGGCAAUGAUUUUAUUUUUGUGACAUUUAAUAAUUAACCAUGUUUCCAGAAAAUGGAUACAAAAAUACAAAAGCACAAUUGUUUUAUACUAAUACUAAAUGAUUUAAUAAUGGACGGAAUUUACAGUCUUAUUUAUAUUGCUAUAUAUGCUAAAUGUUAAUAUAAAUUCAAUAUAUUUGAUUAGUA